UUAAGAUGAACAUCUUGUUGAACGUGGCAGCAGAAAAAUCAAAUAUAAAAGAUUGAUCAUUUGCAGAAUCAUAGAUAUUCAAUAAUUAGAAUAAGUUUUGUCUCUUCUGGUUAAUUUCUUUCCAUCGUAACCAUGAGAGUCUUUCUCUUAGCUUGUGUUUUCCUCGUCGCUGCUGUUAACUUCUCACUCGCUUGUGAAUGUGGUAUGGAAGGUUCAGCUGGUCGAAUCUACAAAGGAAGUAAAGUUCGAGCUCACAAAUACCCUUGGUUAGCUCACAUUCGAUCGUACACUAGCCGAAACUCUAGAUCAUUCUCUCAAUGUGGCGGUUCUUUGAUCGAUGAACAACACAUCGCCACCGCUGCUCAUUGCGUUGUCGAUGGUGAUGGUUAUACUAAGGAUGCUUCAAAUGUUGACGUUUUCCUUGGUAAAGUUAAGGCUUUCUCUGAAUACUCUGAAGCCCGAUCAGUCUCAGAAAUCUGGGUUGACCCUAACUACAAUCGAAAGGAUCUUUCCAACGAUUUCGCCAUCUUGACCCUCUCAGAGCCUGUUAAAUUCAACCAACAAAUUUCUCCAGUCUGUUUACCCAAGAACGAAUCAGGUUUAUCCAAACUCACCGUCUCUGGAUGGGGAACCACUUCCGCUCACUCUGACUCAAGUGACACUCUCUUAGAAGUUGAUGUUUCAUACUUGACCCACGAACAAUGUAACGAUAUCAAGACCAAUUUCUUAUUCAAACAAAAUGGUAUUGAUCUCUCAUUGAAGGGACUAAUUCGAAUCCCCGAAGUCGUUGAGACUCACAUGUGCGCCAUCAACAAGCAAACCAUGGGCGAUGCUUGUUCAGGUGAUUCCGGUGGACCACUCAUGAAAAAGGGCAAUAACGGUCUACACUACCUCAUGGGUGUCGUUUCUGGUUCAUGGACUGAGUGCGGUGAAAGUACCGAUACUGCCGGUCUUUACACUCGAACCCUUUACUACAAAGACACCAUCAAGAGUAUCGCUCCAAAUGCUUGCUGGAAGGAUUAAGAAAGUGAAUACACUGUAUUACUGUUACUUUACUGUUCCAAAUUGAAUCGCAAUGAAAAAAUUAAUCGUUUUUUAUGAUUAAAAGAAAUACAAUUCUCAAUAAAUAUCGAUUAUUGAUUAUAAACUCGCAUCAUAACCUUACUGCCAACGAGAAAAUUAUUGCAUAGAUUAAUUUUGAAAUAAACUCGAACGUAAUUCUUUGCACGUAACACGUCAGGUAUUAUGGUUCAAGUUUUUAUCCUAAAAUAAAGUAU